AUGUCCGAGGACCUAUUCAGACCAGCACUGAUCGUCGUUGACUUUCAAGAAGACUUUUGCCCGCCUAACGGCUCACUUGCCGUGGCAAACGGCCGCGACAUUCAUCCCGUUGUCAACUCACUACUACGCCUACCGUUUACGAUCAAGAUUGCCACGAAAGACUGGCAUCCCCAAGACCACAUCUCGUUCGCAUCAAACCACGAUGGCAAGCAACCCUUCGUCGAUGCCAUCGAUAUCGUCAACCCGCGAAACAGCGCCGAGACAUUCCACACCCGCCUGUGGCCAGUGCACUGCGUACAGGGUACGCCCGGUGCAGCCCUGGUGCCGGAGCUAGAUGCCUCGGCCGUAGACACUGUUAUCGAAAAGGGCCAGAAUAAGGACGUGGAGAUGUACAGCGUCUUUUACGACCCCUUCCAAUCACCCAGAGUGUCCGACAGCGGACUUGCGGCCUCUCUCAAGGACAAGCGCGUCACGGACGUCUAUGUUGUCGGUCUGGCUGGUGACUACUGCGUCAAGUGUACCGCGCUGGAUGCCCAGAAGGAGGGGUUCCGGACCUUCAUCGUGGAAGAGGGUACCAGGCCGGUGGACGCUGAGAAAUGGGACGAGUGCAAGGGCGCCCUGGAGGCCAGCGGAGUCAAGAUCAUCAGCAUGGAGGGCCCGGAGGUCCAGCAGAGGCCAACGAUGCUUCCGUGUUCCCUCCAAGAUAGGUUAUGCGAUGAGUUCGGGAUAUCUGUUGUUUCAGAGACUGAUGGCGUUUGGGGAACCGCCGAGCUGGGUUUACCAGCAUCAGCUUCAAUGGUGUAUACUUUGGGCACAUGCAUUGAUACAGCUCUUGACCGGUUACACAGCGUGUUCGUAGACAUUCUCAGUCUAGUGUAG